CCUCAAACUGGUGUGAGUGUAGGAUCCCUGAGUGGGAAUAAGAGGGGGGAAUGAACAACACUCCGCCAGGAUUACGGUUGCUCAGGCCUCCGACAGUGAUCGGCCAGUUCCACACCUUGUUCUUCGGCUCGGUGCGGAUGUUCUUCCUGGGCGUCCUCGGCUUCGCUGUCUACGGGAAUGAGGCUCUGCACUUCAGCUGUGACCCGGACCGCCGGGAACUCAACCUGUACUGCUACAACCAGUUCAGACCGAUAACACCUCAGGUUUUCUGGGCGCUACAGCUGGUAACAGUCCUGGUUCCUGGAGCCGUGUUCCACCUGUACGCCGCCUGUAAGAACAUCGACCAGGAGGAGAUCCUCGAACGGCCCAUCUACACCGUCUUCUACAUCAUUUCUGUUCUCCUGCGCAUCAUCCUGGAGGUCAUCGCCUUCUGGCUACAAAGUCACCUCUUUGGCUUUCAGGUUCACCCACUGUACAUGUGUGAUGCCAGUGCUCUGGAAAAGGCCUUCAAUGUGACUAAAUGCAUGGUGCCCGAACACUUUGAGAAAACCAUCUUCCUCAGCGCCAUGUACACCUUCACCGUGAUCACCAUCCUCCUGUGCAUCGCCGAGAUAUUCGAGAUACUCUGCCGGCGGCUUGGUUACCUCAACAACCAAUGA